AUGGCUUGGGCUGGUGUGCUGAACACUGAGAUGGGCGUGAGGCGAGGGUCGCAGAUGUCUCUGGCAGGGAUCAAAAUCCUUCUCUGCGGAUCAGGUGGCGUAGGCUGUGAACUGGUAAAGGACCUAAUGCAAUGCGGAGUGGAUAAUCUGACAAUUUACGACUUAGACGCAGUUGACGUGUCCAAUCUAAAUAGACAAUUUUUAUUCACAAAAUCUGACAUAAAACGCUAUAAGGCACAAGUGGCUUGUGAGAAGGCACUGGAAUAUAAUCCUCAGGCCAAUGUGAGAUUCGUCAUUGGCAAUGUGUGUGAUCUCUUCCCCAGCGAUAUGCAGCAGUACGACGUAGUGUUGAAUGCACUAGAUAAUGUCGCUGCUCGGUCCCAUGUUAAUAAGAUUUGUCUAUUGUCGGAUACGCCAUUAAUUGAAUCCGGUAGUACUGGAUAUAAUGGCCAAGUUAUGCCUAUAAUUGGUCAAGUAAGCGCCUGUUACGAUUGUAACUCUAGGCCUGUUGUUAAAUCAUAUCCUGUUUGCACUAUUAGGCAGGUGCCUAAGAAGCCAGAGCACUGUAUUGCAUGGGCUAGACAGCUUUUUGAGCGAAUUUUCGGACCUACAGAAGAGGAGAAUUUACUCUCCGACCUAAAUCUACCCCCUGUACCCAAGACAAAAGAUCCUGAAUCUUUAACUGUAUAUGCAACUACUUUGUUUAAAUACCUAUUUUACGAGCAAAUUGUUGAAUUGGUUUCGUUGUUAGAAAAGACUGAAGUUGACAAUUUACCUGUGCCACUAUCAUGCAACCACCCCACCUUGAAGCGGGGGAGGGUGGAUGAAACUGAAUCUAGGGAUAUAUCUACUACAGACGGCGAUGACUUUUUAGGUUGCGUUGUUGGAAUUUUAACUGCAGCAACCGGUCCUAAGGUUUACGACAAAGAUGACGACUUGGCCGUCGCAUUCGUCGUCGCCGCCGCAAAGAUGAGAAUGAAGAACUUCUCCAUACCCACAAUAUCGGAUAUGGAAAUACAAACUAUUGCGGGAUCAAUUAUCCCUGCAAUAGCUGCUACCAACGCAAUUGUCGCUGCAGCUCAGGUUAUGCAACUGUUUCAAUUGAAGGGGUUGCCUACGAAUAAUGUGGAUGUAAUGGGAGAGGAGCCGCAACAUGCUAGGUCUGGGGUAUCUUACCGGACCUUGGUUGAGGGUGGCGUAUCCAAUGUAUGGAUUAAAUCCUGCGUAAUGGGCAGUAGACCCAGGAUAGCCGGCAACUGCAUGCAACCAGAAGUUAUAGCUGAACCAAAUGAACAUUGUCCCCUUUGCCAAUCAAUAUUUGUGUUUGUCGAGCUUAAAUCCUUCGAAAGUUGGACUUUAGGUCGUUUCGUGGGGAAGAUAUGCCAUGAGAUCCUAUGCGUUGAUGAACCACUAAUUGGUGUGGGAAGUACCAACCUAUUCGACUAUGAAAUAUAUCAGGAAGAUUCAGAAUAUCGGAGUAACGUGGAAUCUAAACCGCUCGAGUAUUGGGGAAUACACCCAAACAGUGUAGUAGAACUUAAUGACUUGACGUCAAACAUUAAAAUGCAAUUGGUGCUUCGUAGCGCCCAUGAUAUACCACAAGAUUUUAAAGUGAUAAGGCCAGCCAACUUCUAUGAACGUCUGCAGAAGAUGAGGAAUGCUAUGCCUAUUCAAGAAGUCAAAACUCAUUCCCCUAAGCCAAUAACACCCGAUACUGCAUUUGAUGUCGAUUCCGACAAUGAUGUGAUUGCAUAG